UAUUGGUUAAGUGUGUCUCCUGAGCAUUAUUCAUACAGUGUACAAGCCGAAUGUACGGGGCUGUUGUCAACAAGCCUGAUCAGUUUACUGAGAGCAGAGAAGCCACCGUAGCAUAUUUGAUGGCAAAACAAUUGAAUCACCCGCACGCGUUUUUGAUUUCGUAAUAUGCCUGGUACUCAAUGGACAGUCCUACUGGGAAGCCUGCGGUCUGUUGGUUAGUCCGAACUUCUCGUUCAGUAGUGCCAAUUAGCUGCAAAGUUCCCGUAUUUAUGUGUAGAUGUAUGUGAACGACAGUGUAUAUGCCCCCAGUAUCCGCUCGACGAAUCGGCGACGAAUUCCCGCAGAAAGUGGUCUACUCCGAGAAUCGACCAACCACUAAGCGAUUACUGCUUAUUCACAAGCAAACGACUCCCUCAAAAUUUGCGAAACAGCCUAUUGGAUGCUCAAACGUAUAGCGGAUUGAACCACAAUCAAAUCAUCAUCGAGGGACGGUCGCCGUUAGAGGCAUAGCCAUCAUUUGGAUCACAUUGGACAUUAGGGCUGGUAAAACACAUGUUUCCGAUUCACGGUGCAGGAUUGCUAUUGCUGCGAUAAUCGUUUGUGAAGUUCCAUACAUACACAAAACCCUUGUGCGCCCCAUUACGGCUUCGAUAAGCUACUACACAGCUACUCUAGCAACGAGAACGAGUAACCACCUCCCAGCGACAUCGGCGCGUACGACCAGGACCAUUACUCGGGCUCUCUACUCUACCGGACGGGCAAACACUCGUAGAUUGACUACGAUAAUGAAUUUAUCCUGCUGCUUCCGCGGAUCAUGCCGGUGGAUCCUGGUACUGCUGGUUGUCGAAGCAACUGUGAUACGGCCGGUUUACGGUAUUAUCGAUCGCCUGGUGGUACAAACGAGUAGUGGCCCGAUCCGCGGUCGCUCGACCAUGGUGCAGGGUCGUGAAGUUCAUGUCUUCAACGGUGUUCCAUUCGCUAAACCGCCGGUCGAUAACCUACGAUUCCGGAAGCCAGUACCGGCGGAGCCUUGGCACGGCGUGUUCGAUGCGACUAGACUACCUCCAUCAUGCAUACAGGAACGGUAUGAGUAUUUCCCAGGCUUCGCGGGCGAAGAGAUGUGGAAUCCGAAUACCAAUGUGUCGGAAGAUUGCCUCUACUUGAACAUCUGGGUACCGACUAAAACUCGGUUGCGUCACAGUCGAGGGCUUAAUUUUGGCAGUAACGACUACUUUCAGGAUGAUGAGGACUUUCAACGGCAGCAUCAGUCGAAGGGGGGCCUGGCGAUGUUGGUGUGGAUUUACGGUGGCGGUUUUAUGAGCGGCACCUCGACGCUGGAUAUUUACAACGCCGAGAUACUCGCCGCUGUCGGCAACGUGAUCGUUGCGUCGAUGCAGUACCGUGUUGGGGCAUUCGGUUUUCUCUAUCUCGCACCCUACCUGAAUGGCAUGGAAGAGGAGGCACCCGGCAACAUGGGCAUGUGGGACCAAGCACUGGCUAUACGGUGGCUGAAGGAGAAUGCGAAGGCGUUCGGCGGUGAUCCAGACUUGAUCACACUGUUCGGUGAGUCAGCCGGCGGCAGCUCCGUCAGCCUACACCUGCUUUCUCCGGUUACGCAGGGUAUGUCCACCCGGGGGAUUCUGCAGUCAGGUACGCUGAACGCCCCCUGGAGCCACAUGACGGCCGAGAAGGCACUUCAGGUGGCCGAAGGGCUGAUUGACGAUUGCAACUGCAACCUCACCAUGCUAAAGGAAUCGCCACACACCGUAAUGCAGUGCAUGAGGAAUGUCGACGCGAAAACAAUCUCGGUACAACAGUGGAACUCAUACUCAGGCAUCCUGGGAUUCCCAUCCGCCCCGACGAUCGACGGGGUGUUCAUGACGGCCGAUCCGAUGACCAUGCUCCGUGAGGCCAAUCUGGAGGGUAUCGACAUUCUAGUUGGCAGCAAUCGUGACGAAGGGACGUACUUUCUCCUCUAUGACUUCAUCGACUAUUUCGAGAAGGAUGCCGCCACCUCGCUUCCCAGGGAUAAGUUUCUAGAGAUUAUGAACACCAUCUUUAACAAGGCCUCGGAACCGGAACGAGAGGCAAUUAUAUUUCAGUACACCGGUUGGGAAAGUGGCAACGAUGGCUAUCAAAAUCAACACCAAGUUGGACGAGCUGUAGGCGACCAUUUCUUUAUAUGUCCAACGAAUGAAUUUGCUCUCGGUCUCACGGAGCGUGGGGCACUCGUGCAUUAUUAUUAUUUCACACACCGUACGAGUACCUCGCUGUGGGGUGAAUGGAUGGGAGUCUUGCAUGGUGAUGAGGUAGAAUAUAUCUUUGGCCAGCCAAUGAACGCGUCGUUGCAGUAUCGGCAACGGGAACGUGAUCUCAGUAGACGCAUGGUGCUUUCGGUGAGCGAAUUCGCACGGUCGGGCAAUCCAGCUCUAGAGGGCGAGCACUGGCCACUCUACACCCACGAUAAUCCAAUCUAUUUCCUGUUCAAUGCCGACGGUGAGGACGAUCUCAGGGGCGAAAAGUAUGGUCGAGGACCAAUGGCAACGUCAUGCGCAUUUUGGAACGACUUUUUACCGCGACUUCGAGACUGGUCAGUUCCAGCCAAAGCUCCCUGCAAUCUGCUCGAGCAGGUGUCGGCGGCAGUGAGCAUUAUGCAAGUGCAUCCGCUCACGGUAAAGGUCCUGCUGUUUUUAGGCGUUUCACACCUGUUGCUGGUUCACCUACGAAACUAAGCGACAACUUGGGGAAAUCGUGCUUGGAACAAAUCUUAAAAAUCAGAAUGAAUGCUGUCGUGUUUCGCUCAGCUCUACCGUAUG